UUUUGGUGAACGUAGGAAACGGAUUGAUAAAUGUAAAGGUAAACACAAUAAAUUUCACAACAUCUGCCCUUAACUGACGGGCGGUUUAACCCGAGUUCAGCGAUACAAAUCAGACAUUUCAUUCGCUGUCGGACUGCAGAUCUUCCAGUGCGCCCCCUGCUGUUUGCGGCUGGAGCUGCAGGAGUUUCUUGUAUGUUCUUUCUGCUCUUCCCUGUUUGGCGUCACCACAGAGGAUCACAUGGUCCGUAUAUUAGAUUUGACACAGGGUUUAGGCCGGAUGUUGUUCCUGACACAACCCUCCCAUUGUUUAUCCAGGCUUGGUAGCAGCACUGAGAUCCAGCUCCUCGGUGACAAGAUUAGCUCCCUGUCCGGGAAUCGAACCCGGGUCCAGGCAAUGACAACAACAGCUCCUGGACCAGCAGGAACAACUCAACACACAAGCAGUGUAAACAAAUUGUGCACUCAGCUCUCCAAUAUCACUCAUAUACAGACAGAUUCUGUUUCGGAUUUCCAUCAUCAUUUCUUCACCUUUUCCUGACGCACUUGUAUUUAAAUCCCCUGGCCUGUACCACUACACACGCUGCCCCUUCCUUCUUUCACAUAAUGGUAUGAUCCUAGUCGGUCCUCGCAUGUGAUUGGUCGCCUGGUCUGCCCAUCAAAAUAAAGUCCUGCCUCCGCCUGCGUGGAUUGAACGGUCUGUACGGCUGAAGUUUCGACUCUCCCCGACGAUUGCCUGAGUGAGGAUGAGAAGAAUAAGACGGAUGAGUGUGAGAGAAACAACAAAGGAUGGUGAGCGAGCAGAGGAGGCUUACAGCAUUCUGCAGUCCCAGUAUGAAGAGACAUUAAAAAAGCGGGAUGAGUUACUAAUGGUCUCUCUGCCUGAAGCAGAGAGGGAAUACAAGCAGGCGAAGAAGAUGAAUGCCCAGCUGGAGAAGGAGAAGUCCAAGCUGAUGUCCAGGGUGGGCUCAAUGUAGCAGCUGGGCCACCUUCUGUGUGAGACACGCACAGAGUGUAUUGAGGCUGUAUAGAGAGUGUAUAAGAGGGGUGUAUCCUGCCUUGAUGCCCGAUGACGCCUGAGAUAGGCACAGGCUCCCCGUGACCCGAGGUAGUUCGGAUAAGCGGUAGAAAAUGAAUGAAUGAAUGUAUCUGUACUCGGAGUGGGUGGGGCCUAGCCCGGAAGUAGGCGAGGCUUGUCAUGAAAUGGGCGGGGCUUUAACGCAAAAACGUGUCAGACACUCAGUGUCUGGUUACUGGUUACAGACAGCUGAAGGUUUAAAAAGAAAAAAAUCUCCGACAGGCAGAGACGCAAUGCGAGUCGCAUUCUACCAAGCAAGCACCACGUCUGAGCGAACCCACGUUUACCAGAACUCUACUGGUUAGUAAGUACAUAUUAUUAACGUUACAACCCGAAGUAAAAAGCUGAAGAAACCCUAAAUGUUAACGGAAAAGACCCGCGAACCCGAGUGACUGAGGGAGAGACAGAGAGCUGUUCUGUGUGUGACUGUGAGUGAGCAGAGCGACACACAGCAAUACAAUACAUCUGUAUGUGUGUAGGGGAGGGGCGCUGUGACUAGCCUAUCACAGAACGCUGACACAAUCAGCUACCCAAUGAUGAUUUUCAUUCAAUCAGAGCACAGAUAUUGACCCGUAUUACUCGUAUAAUACUCGUACUCGGCAGAAGUGCUUUAUCCGUACCGGAUACUCGUUUCAGCCGAGUAUCCGGCUCAUCUCUAGUAAUAAUGUGAGGAAGCUUGACUUUCAUGCUACAUAGUUACUUCACAGGCAAAUACUUUAAAACAUACGUGACCAUGUGUGUGUGAGGACUCUUCAUGUUCUUGCUGCUUGAUAAGUUACUAUAUGUUACUACAAUCCAGAUGACUCUUGUGUUUUUCUCGCACACUGGAAAUCAUUCCCCUUAAGCAAUUUUUUUUUACCUUUAUAUCCUGAUGAACUUGUUAAUUAGCUGACAUUCUGCUUCAUGACUUUAGGAGUUUUCAUGUUUUAGGAGAAUGAGCAAAAGCUCAGAGCUCACAAUAUCCUGAUAUCACAGUAUGAUCAGAUGACUUGAGAAGUUAGAAGUUACUAUGAGAAGUUACUAAAGGUAGAUUUUUCUUCUCAGGUUACCAAGCCUGAUGUUGUAAAGUGAAUGUGUGUGUGUUCUUGUUUACAUACCGAUGAGAUUUCUCAUGCCUAAAUCAGUGUGUAUAGAAACAAAUGGCUGAAGCUGAGAAGAGAUACGAGCAGGAAAAGGAGACCAAUGCUCAUCUGUUGAAAGAGAAGUUAGAUCUGAUGUCCCAGGUGGAGAAUCUGAAAGGCAAAGUGGAGGGUUUGGGUGAACUGCUGGCUAAAAAACUCAGGCAGUGUGCUGAGGCCUUGUUGAUCCUCAACCUCAGGGUCAGCCAAUUCGUCCUGGUCACACCAUCUGGAUUUCUCGCCCUUCUUCCUACCCAAGGCCAGUUCCUUCUGAGGUCAUGGCUGGCUAUCGCCGCUUUCAGCUGUUUCAUAUCACCCAUGAACUCACUAAGAUCCUGGACCAGCUCUGUUCUCCUGAACUUCCUGAGCAUCCUUAUCUGCUGUCCCAUAUUGUCUCUGUGUGAAGCUGAGACGAAGUACAGUGAGGUGAUGAAGACCAAUACUAAGCUGGAGAAUGAGAACAGUACCCUGCAUUUCACUGUGGACAGACUGCAAGACUUGGUGAAUAACUUAAAGAAAGAGCUCUCUGAGACAAAGAGAACAUGUAAUGCGGCACUGAGAGAGUGUGAGCAAGAGCGGGAGGCUUACAGUAUCAUGCAGUCUCAGUGUGAUCAGAUAAAGGAAACUCUAUCUGACCAAGAGAAAUCUCAUGCGGUCUCUCUGGCAAAAGCUGUGGAGAAAUACAACCAGGCAGCUGGAGAAUGAGAAGUUGGACCUGAUGUACCAGGUGCACAAACUGGAAGGCACAGUGUAGCAGCUGGAGGAGAAGCUCUCUGAUUCAGCCAUGAUGUGUGGUGCCAUAAAGCAGAGGGACCAUUGGGAUCAUCCUGAGCAGCUGCAUCACUGUCUGGUUUGGGAACUGCACCAUCUCAGAACAUAAGACCCUGCAGUGUAUAGUGAGGACAGCUGAGAAGAUCAUUGGAGUCUCUCUGCCCUCUAUCACACACUGGAUCUGCAAAGCCAACAGCAUUGUCUACACACACCCCUCACACAGACUCUUCACCCCACACACCCCUCACACUCAAACUUUACCCUCCUACCAUCUGGAAAAAGGUAUAGAAGCAUUUGAUUCUUCUCGACCAGACUGUGCAACUGUUUCAUCCCUCAAGACAUUAGACUCCUCAGCAUCCAGAACUGAACAAUACCAAACUCACACACACACUGAUCUGUGUGAACUGAACUGUAAUGAACUGUAUUGAACUCAAACACACACUCAAAAACUCAUUCAAUAUACAGUUGUGCUUAAAAGUUUGCAUACGCUGAAAGAAAUUGUUAAGCAUUGCCAUUUAUGUGGAAAAUAUGACUGAUAAUGCAAAAGAAUUUUAUCAUAUUUAAGGACCGUGGUCACAUGAAGUCAUUAAUUAUCACAACGUUGUUUGACACCUUUUUUAAAACCUAAUGAUAACUGAAAUCUACGGUGGCUGGGAAGUGCAAAACAAAUUAACAAAUCCGAAAACACAUUAAUAAAUCCAAAAACACAUUAACAAAUCCCAAAACACAUUAACAAAUCCCAAAACAAAUUAACAAAUCCCAAAACACAUUAACAAAUCCCAAAACAUAUUAACAAAUCCCAAAACACAUUAACAAAUCA